GUUUGUCUUCUUCUUCUACAAUUGUUUCUCUAUGCAAACUAUCUGCAAUCCACUGGAUCCUAAUUUCCUUUUGGAAAGUAAAGAUGGAAAACCACACCAGGACAAGUGAGUUCAUUUUGGUGGGGCUCACAUCCCACCCAGGAUCCCAAGUCCUUCUCUCUGCUCUCUUCUCCACAAUGUACAUUGUCACUGUGGUGGGAAACAUCUGCAUGAUCCUCAUCAUCAGGAUGGAGCCCAGCCUGCACACCCCAAUGUACUUUUUUCUGGAGAACCUGUCCACCUUGGACAUCUGUUAUUCCUCUGUCAUCACUCCCAGGGCAGCGCUGGCAUUCUUGCUGGGCACAAGGAGCAUUUCCUACGCUGGCUGUGCUUCACAGAUGUUCUUCUUCUCUCUCUUUGGCACAACAGAAGCUUUUUUCCUGGCUGUGAUGGCUUAUGAUCGCUUCACUGCCAUCUGCAAGCCUCUGCUCUAUCAGGUCAUCAUGAGCAGAAGGCUUUGUGUGCUCAUGGUGCUGGGCUCUUAUCUGUCAGGCUGCAUCAACUGCACCAUCCAGACAGGCUUCACGUUCAGCCUGUCCUUCUGUGGGCACAGAGAAAUAAACCACUUCUUCUGUGAGGUUGCUGCAGUGAUGCACACCUCCUGCUCCAACACCCUUGUCAACGAGCUCGUAAUGCUGGCUGUGUGCGGACCAAUAAUUGUGGGCACUGCCCUGGUGGUUUUUAUCUCCUAUGGUUAUAUCAUCAUCACAAUCAUCCAAAUGCCUUCAGCUGAAAGCAGGCACAAGGCCUUCUCCACCUGCUCUUCUCACAUGGUGACAAUCUGCUUGUUCUUUGGGACAGUGUUCUUCAUGUAUGCUCAGCCUGGAGCUGCAUCCUCACCCAGCAGAAGCAAAACCGUCUCCAUCUUCUACACUGUGGUUAUUCCCAUGCUGAACCCUUUCAUUUACACCCUCCGAAACAGGGAGGUAAAAGGGUCUCUGAAAAAACAAUUAAAAAGGAAAGGGUUUUUUUAGCACCUUUUCUGAAGUUGAGAAUGAGCACAGUGUCCAAUUUGUAAAAUAAAGGACAUCAGGAGCUGAAUGUAAAAUAAAGGACAGAAUGUAAAAUAAAGGACAUCGGGAUCUGCUUUUGCUUUCAAGAGUCUUUUGUGUUUCUAGAUGGUCAGUAAAAGCAGGAUAUAUAAACAAAUCUAUGAGAAUCUAGGAAUUGUUAUUUCAACUAAACAAUUUUUGAUAGGAUAUCCUUCAAUGGGCAAUAUGUUUGUUUUCUAUGAAAUUAUUUCAUAAGUUUACAUCUAUUACACUUAAAUCAUUGAUGCUUACACAUAAAACCAGAAUAAAAAUAAGAAUUUUAAAGUAAGGUCAAUUAAGUAAGCCAAGACCACACAUCUGUUACAUGGCUGACCACAAUUCUGACACCUUCUUUUCCAUUAUUGUGGAAAAAAGUAUCUCUUCUUUUCUUAUUCUUCUCUGGCUAGCUUUAUUCCUUUUCUAGAGCACAAGAAAGUGAGGUUUCAUUUAACCACAAUUAGACAUUUACAAUCCAUCUGACCUGUAACUUAGAGGCCUCUUACAGCCAUUCAAAAGAUACCAGCGUUUUAAAGGUAUAAUUAACAUUAUUGGAUUGGACAAUUUGAAGAGUGGAGUGUACCAAACAUGUGAAAUAGGACAGAAAACUCAGAUUCUGGCAGCAGAAUCUGCUGCCACACCUUAGUGUACCAAACAUGUAAAAUAGGACAGAAAACUCAGAUUCUGGCAGCAGAUUCUGCUGCCACACCUUAGUGUACCGAACAUGUGAAAUAGGACACAGAUUCUGGCAGCAGCUUAUUUCUGUGCACUGGAACACAGCCAGUUCAGGUGGAGGCAUUCUCACUCUGCACAUCCACAGCUAAAUUAAGUCAGACGAGAGUGAAGCACAGAGAUGCAUCUUCCUGUGCAAAUAACUCUCAAAUUUCCAAGCUGGCUCCUCCUAGAAAACCCAUUUCUUCUUUUCUUAACCACCGGACAUGGCACUUUCAUAGAGCUGGUGGCCAGAGGGAUAAGGAGAGCUGUGGCUGCUCAGUGAAGCAAAGGAGACACCACUCCUGGAAGUGCCCAAAAAGAGACUGGACACGGCACUUGGUGCCAUGAUUUAGCUCAAACUCAAACACAACGAUCACGGAGGUCUUUUCCAACCUCUGGUUCUGUGACUGAGUGACAGACUGGGGGAAGGAUGAUGGAUG